AUGUCUACCACAACUACCCCGUCCAAGCCCAACCGCAUCACCCCGGAAGAGCAGCUUCAAUUCCUCCUCAGCUGCAUCCGCCACUCUAACAGCGGCAAGAUUGACUUCACCGUUGUCGCACAAGAAUGCAAUAUCAUCACCAAGGCCGCUGCAGCCAAGCGCUACGAACGCCUCCUGAAAUCACACGGCAUCAACACCUCAGGCGGCUCACUCCCCUCUGCCAACAACACGCCCGCUAAGAAACGGACUGGGGCUAGUACCAGCACUACCACCGCUACAGAGAGCACGACUCCAUCCACACCUACCAAGGGCAGAAAGCGCAAGGCCGAUGGCAUCAGCGAUGCAUCGAAGAAGGCCAAGGGGUUGAAGAAGAUGGCUGUCGCUAGGGCUGAGAGUUUGAUGCAGAAGAAGCAGCAUGCUGGUGUUGGGAUCAAGAAGGAGGAAGACGAUGAUGAGACUGAGGAGGAUGAGGAGGUGAGGGCGGCUUUGUGGGAGGAGGGACUCUCUGAUCGGGUUCAUGGUGAUGGUGAGGAGUUGGCUGUGAAGGAAAAGGCUGUGGAUGAUGAGGAGGAGGGGGUUGACGGCGAUGCUGUUGAGGUGGUAGAGGCUUGA